AUGGCUAAGAAGAAGAUGUCCUCCUCCCUCGUCGUUUCCUCUGAAUUUGGCGCAGCGGCACUGGGAUCCUCGAUCUCUCGGACAUUCAAUUCUUCUCUAGCUUCUUUUCCUGUUUGUUCUCCAAUGGUCGCUUCUGGGUUUUCUUCUCCGUUGAAUUCUAUGGUGGUUGCUUCUUCUCCGGUGAAUUCUGUGGUGGUUGCUUCUGGAUCUGCGCCCCCUGGUCAAUCUUGUCUGGCUGCUUCUUCGGGGUCCCCUCGUGGCUCUGGCUCUUCUUCGGUGGAGAUCUCUCCAUCAAUUCCUCAAUCUACGUCUCGUCUGGCUACUGAGGUUCAACGCUCUGGUGAUGUUGACGGAAUCGCUCUGUUCGAAACCAAACCUGCUGAAACAGAGGUUCCUCCAGUGAAAAAUUACGCAGCUUUACUCAAAAGCUCAGCGCAGCUGCAGGAAUUAGGAACUCCGGUUGAACAUAUCUCGGGGGCUCCUUUUGUACUAGUACCGGAUGAAAACAUUGAGGCCGCAAAACUAGAGUUUAAAGACUUCAUCUAUGCGCGCUUCCAUGGAGAUUGUCCUUCGAUGGGUAAGAUUAUUGGAGUAGUGAAUGCAGUCUGGGCAAAAACUGGCCCAAGGAUCUUCGUUCAUAACAUUGGACACAGUACGUUUCUCCUCAGAGUUACAACCCCAAGAACUCGGGAGGUACUAUUAUCCCGCACCUGCUGGAAUAUUGGUGGCCUUCCUAUGUUUGUGGCCCCAUGGUCUCAGGAUUACUCUCCUGAUGAACCUCCUCUCACUAGUGCCAUUGUCCCAGUGGAGAUGAGAAACAUCCCUUACCUCCUUUUCAACCAAGAGAUCUUGAGUCGCCUAGCCACAGCUAUUGGUAAACCGGAUUCUCUAGCACUGGAAACAGAACGCAAGGAAAAUUUCGAACUAGCAAAAUUGUAUGUAAGGGUCGAUCUUACAACUCCUCUGCCAAGCAAGAUUGUGUCGGGUUUUUCUAAUGGCAAGGAAGUUGAGAUUGCUGUAACAUACCCCUGGCUGCCUGUUAAAUGUGACCUUUGCGAGAAGUUUGGCCACCCUUCGGUUAGAUGUGACGCUGUAGCUCCAGAAAGAGCUUCAGGGAAAAUGGGUGCGAGGAAAAAUUCUGUUGAAACGUUCAGGAGGCGAUCGCAGUCAAAGCCGGGCCGUUCUACUGACAAAAAGGUGAAUCAGGGGACGCUUCGAUACAUACCAGUAGUUAAAGACUCUGUUGAAGCAUCCAAGGAGGCUGAUUCUUCUCUACCUCAUGAAAAUGGUGGCCUUGUUGCUAGCACGACCCAGGAUGAUCAAAACGGAGACUUGGAAGACGUGACCAGUGUGGAGGAGGUCGAAUUUUCUCACAUUGAUGCUCUGUCCAACGGAAUAUCUACUGGUGCUUUUGAUGUUUUGGCCAGAAUUUCUCCUGAUGCUUGCGGUGAUGAUUUGCUUUUUGUUUCUGUUGACGAAACCAAGCUUGAGGAAGAUAGGACAGAUCGGACUUCUUCGGUUACUUUUUUGGAUGACUCUGGUGCUGUUGUGAAGGUUGCCCACGCUGAGAGCUCUCCGGAGGUUGCAGCUGACACUACUCUGGGUACUGACAGUACAGGGUGCGAAGGCUACAGCUCCGGUUUCUGCUUAUCGUGGUCAGUUUUGGGUGAUUUCAACCAAAUGCUGCGUACUUCUCAUCACUCCAAUCACCUAACCUCCCGUGUUAAUGACUCGGGCAUAGAUGAUGCAAACAUUGGUCUUCAAGACACUCAGUUGUUUGAGGCUCAGGCUAAAGGAUUACCCUUCACUUGGAGGAACAGCCAAGAUGAUAACCCAAUAUCUACAAAAAUUGAUCAUGCCUUCAUCAACCAGCCUUGGUCUACAGCUUUUCCAGAUUCCUACGCUGACUUCUUGGACCCGUCUCAAUCAGACCAUACCCCUUGCCUCUUUCGGAUGCCUUCUAUUAGACGACAGAUUAUUAAACCUUUCAAGUUAUUUCACCACGUGAUAGAUCAUCCUGAAUAUGCGGAGAAAGUGACUGAAGCUUGGAACUGGGAUCAGAUAACAGGCACAGAUCAAUUCAAGCUGGUGCGUUCGCUUAAGUUGUUAAAGAGACCUUUGCGACAGCUCAACAAGAAUCACUUCAGCAGCAUUAUGCAGAGAGUUAAAGAGCAGAAGGAGAAGGUUAAUACGCUUCAGAGACUAUUUCUUACUGCUCUGAUUACUUCAACAGCCCGUGAGGAACAUAUAGAAAGAGAAAAGCUGAAUGUGCUACUGAGGGCAGAAGAGAAGUUCUAUAAACAGAAAUCAAGAGUUCGCUGGUCUGCGGUUGGGGAUCGGAAUACAACUUUUUAUCAUCGGACAGUGUCAUCUCAUGCCUCUAGGAACCAUAUUCAUUAUCUGAAAGAUGCAGAUGAUCACACGUUCUUCACGAUGGAGGAUAUCAAGGCGCACGCGGCAGAUUCUUCCCAAGGUAUCCUAGGUUGUACUGAUCCCCCAUCUUUGCCUACUACAGCAGAGGAGCUUCAGUCUCUACUUCCUUUUCGUUGCUCGGAACUACAACAGAACUAUCUGAAGCGCGAAGUGACGGCAGCGGAGAUCAAAGCAACCUUGUUUGCCAUGCCAUUGAACAAGAGUCCAGGCCCAGAUGGAUAUUCUGUUGAAUUUCUAAGAGCCUCAUGGGACACAGUGGCUGAAGGCAUUACUGCUGCCGUGAGGGAGUUCUUCAGAAAUGGGAGAUUGCUUAAGGAUAUUAACACGACCGCCAUUGCCUUAAUUCCAAAGAUGCCGGAAGCCUGUUGUCUCACUGACUAUAGACCUAUUAGCUGCUGCAACAUAGUCUACAAGCUUAUUUCGAAGAUCAUAGCCAACCGUCUUAAGCCGAUCUUGACUGAAUGUGUUAGUCCAAACCAAGCGGCGUUCUUAAAAGGGUGCAGCCUUGGUGAAAAUGUCUUGCUGGCAACUGAGCUGAUCAAGGACUACAAUAAGUCUUCAUGUCUCAGAAGCGCAAUGCUGAAGAUAGACAUCCACAAAGCCUUUGACACGGUAUGUUGGGAUUUUGUGCCUAAAGUGUUGGAAGCUCAGCAGUUUCCUAGUAUGUUCAUAGCUUGGAUCAAGGAGUGCAUCUCCUCGCCUAGGUUUUCGGUUGCCAUUAAUGGGGAGCUUGCGGGCUUCUUUGCGGGGAAAAAGGGCCUGAGGCAGGGGGACUCUAUCUCUCCCUAUCUCUUCAUUAUGCUUAUGGAGGUGCUGUCUCGUAUGCUGGAGAAGGCAGAAUCCGAUGGUGCUUAUAGGUUACAUCCGCUAUGCUCUUCUCCCAAGGUCACUCAUCUAUUGUUCGCAGACGAUCUACUGGUCUUCUCUGAUGGGUCUUGA